AACCUUUUAUAUACGGUUAUCAAAGCAUUUGUUAAGAAGAUUAUGACAGUAAUAAUGACUAGGCAAAUUUUAUAUAAAAAAAGAUAAAAUAAAAAAGUCUGUCAGAUACUUUCCUUAUAUUUUCAGGUAGACAACAGGGAUCUAACAGUGAGGGAAAAACAAAGGAGACUGGAGACCUGAGCGACAGAACAGGUCUUGGUUAAUCAUCACGUAUAGGAGUGAAUUUAGUGUGUGUGGGUUAAAAGCUCAUACGGCUUACUCCUGACUGAUAUAAACAUCAUUCGAAGAUGACCGGAUUCAUUUUUGUAGCUGGCAUUUCCUUGGCAUUGUGCCAAUGUGGAUUGGCGUCCCAACUUGCAUGUUACUUCGCCAACUGGUCUCAGUACAGACCUGAUGUUGGCAAGUACAUGCCAUCUAGUGUGGAUCCACAUCUUUGCACUCAUUUAAUUUAUGCAUUCUCUGUUAUUAAUAUUAAAAAUAAAUUGGCAACCUCCGAAUGGAAUGAUGAGACUCUUUACCAGUCUUUCAAUGCGCUAAAACAAAGCAACCCCAACCUGAAAACUCUGUUGGCUGUCGGCACAUUGAACUUGGGCUCAACUCAAUUCAGCAGAAUGGUGUCCACGCCACAAAAGAGACGGACAUUUAUUGAGUCCAGUAUCAAAUUCCUGAGGACCCAUGGAUUCGAUGGUCUGGAUCUGGACUGGGAGUAUCCUGGUUCUGGUGAAAGUCCUCCAGAAGACAAGCAUAGAUUCACUUUGCUCUGUAAGGAGCUUUUAAAAGCUUACCAGGCAGAGAGUAAAGCUACUAGACGCCCCAGACUCAUGCUCACUGCUGCAGUGGCUGCUAGGAAAGGAAUCAUUGAUGCUGGUUAUGAAAUUGCAGAAGUUAGCAAGUAUUUGGAUUUCAUCAAUAUCAUGACCUAUGAUUUCCACGGCUCAUGGGAGAACGUUACUGGACACAACAGUCCUCUGUACAGAGACUCCAGAGACACAGGAGACCAAAUCUACUACAAUACUGACUUUGCAAUGACCUACUGGAGAGAUCAGGGCGCUCCUGUGGAGAAGCUGAGGAUGGGCUUUGCAGCAUAUGGAAGGACGUUUUGCUUGUCAUCUGCAGUCAAUGGACUUGGAGCUCCAGUUAGUGGUCCAGCAUCAGCUGGAACAUACACCAGAGAAGCUGGAUACUGGUCCUAUUAUGAGAUCUGUACUUUCCUCCAAAGAGCCAGUGUGGAACAAAUUGCUGAUCAGAAAGUUCCUUAUGCCACCGAAGGACUGAACUGGGUGGGAUUUGAUGACCAGAAAAGCUACGAGACAAAGGUGGACUACCUGAAGGAGAAAGGCUUUGGAGGAGCUUUUGUCUGGUCUCUGGAUCUUGAUGACUUCAGUGGUCAGUUCUGUGGGCAGGGCAAAUACCCUCUUAUUGGACACCUCCACACGCUGCUUAAUAUCAGCAACACUGAGUUCAGACACCUUCCAAAAACAAUCAAGUCUGGUGGGGCAUCGGCAACAGGAAACAUUGUUACCACAACACCUAUUGUAAAGACUGUUACAUCAGGAUCAGACUUCUGUGCGGGCGGAUUAGUGGGCAUCUUUGCAAAUCCAGAUAAUCCCAUGACAUUCAUUCAGUGUGCCAAUGGCAGGACCUUCAUACAGAAUUGUCCUGCAAAGACUGUCUUUGAUCCCGACUGCUCAUGCUGUAACUGGCCAAAGAAUUAACAUCUGUUAAUCCCACAGUUGGACGCGAAGACUUUCAAAUUAUACGUUAAGUCCAAUUACACAAAGGUGUUUCAUGUAACAGAUUUCAUGUGUAAAUCUGUGUGCCACAAGUUUUAACCCACAAACAUCUUUGUAUUUUGACUUCUGUUGUACCAAAGAGUUUUUCUACACUCCUUGUACAAACUUACCUCUAUGUGCAUCUGUUAUUACUGUAGCUUGUGUGCAUUCUAGACCAGGGGUGUUGGAGUUUAUAGUUUCAGCACUUACAUGUGGCUUUCAAACAAGCCUGAUUAACUUUUAAUUUGAUCAGGAGUAGUUAGCUAAGGUUUAAGUUGUGCAGGGCUGUAGUACAACUGGUUUCUAGAGAGUCAAGGAAAAAUUCUCUUGUGAAUCAAUGCCCCUUAUGCAUAAUUGCAACUUUUAAUAAAGAAAUUGCAGAAAGUGA